CGGCUCCUAACCAAUAAAACCUCAAAAACGGAAUCCAACACGUUCAACACAAAAUUUAUACGUCUCAGAAACAAACAAAAAAAAAACACACUCAUCCAUCGUUCAUCAUGGCCGGAAAAACCUCCACCAACACCGCCGGAAAACCUAUCCGGUGCCGAGCUGCGAUUGCUCGGAAAGCAGGGGAGCCGCUAGUGAUUGAAGAAGUGAUUGUUGCUCCACCGAAAUCUCGUGAAGUUCGAAUUAAAAUCAUUUGUACUUCUCUCUGUCAUAGUGAUGUUACCUUUUGGAAAUUAGAGCAACCACCUGCUAUUUUUCCUAGAAUACUUGGUCAUGAAGCAGUGGGGGUAGUAGAGAGUAUUGGAGAAGGUGUGCAUGAAGUUGUUGAAGGAGACACUGUGAUCCCAAUUUUUUUACCAGAUUGUGGUGAAUGUACAGAUUGCUUGUCUGUAAAAAGCAACCUAUGUUCAAAAUUACCUUUCAGUGUUUCUCCAUACAUGGAUAGAGAGAAAACAAGCAGGUUCACAGACCUCAAUGGAGAAACUUUAUACCAUUUCUUGUUUGUAUCAAGUUUUAGUGAAUACACAGUGGUUGACAUUGGUCAUGUCACUAAAAUUGACCCCCAAACACCACCAAAUAGAGCUUGCCUCUUAAGUUGUGGAGUAUCAACCGGGGUUGGUGCUGCUUGGAAAACUGCAAAUGUGGAAACCGGAACAACGGUUGCGAUAUUUGGAUUGGGUGCAAUUGGGCUCGCGGUUGCGGAGGGAGCGAGGCUAUGUGGAGCUAAGAGGAUCGUAGGUGUUGAUGUCAACCAAGACAAGUUCGAAUUAGGAAAGAAAUUUGGAGUGACUGAUUUUGUGAACUCCCGUAACUGUGGGGACAAAUCUGUGAGCCAGGUGAUAAUGGAGAUGACUGAUGGCGGAGCAGACUAUUGCUUCGAGUGCGUUGGUAUGUCAUCGCUGGUGCAUGAAGCUUAUGCCUCUUGUAGAAAGGGAUGGGGAAAAACAGUUGUGUUGGGAGUUGACCAGCCGGGUGCAAUGUUGACUUUCACUUCUUUUGAGGUACUUCAUAGUGGCAAAACUCUAAUGGGCUCUCUUUUUGGAGGUAUCAAACCGAAAUCUGAUAUCCCAAUCCUUAUAAAACGCUACAUGGAUAAGGAACUACAACUUGACGAAUUCGUGACACAUGAGGUUGACUUUGAGGAUAUUAACAAGGCUUUUGAUUUGCUUCUUGAAGGGAAGAGCUUGCGAUGCGUGAUUUGGAUGAAAAGCGAUUGAGUUUUGUUUCAACAACGUAUUUUAUCAUCGUAUGUUGGUCAUCUUAAGCGUCGUUUGUGGUUAUAUAAGACAGUUGUGUUAAGUUCCUGAUUGUAACAUUUGCAGUAAUAAAACUAUACUAACAUGUUUGAACGAGUGUUUAAAUUUUAUUAAGCUAAAGUUACUUAUCUGUU